AUGUAUCGGAAUUCAUACAAAAAGGAUAAUCAAAAUUUGAUGAUUUCUAAAUUCUAUUUCUUUAAAGUAUUCGGAUUGUCACCUUGGUCACUAAAUCUUUCUGCAGUGUUGCCAAAAAACCGGCAUUUCAAAAUCACUCUCUGUAAAUUUUCCUUCAUCGGAUCACUUUACAAUAUUUUCUUAGCAAUUUUAAUAACUAUAUCGGGUGUUUACGCUUUUCAUCGUCGAAGUGUUAUUCAAGGAGAACAUGAUGCAUUAGUGACGUUGUCGACGGUGAGAUUAAUGGAAUACCUUGCCAUACUAAAGUCGAGUGUCCUUUUCUUAGUCUACACAUUGCGACAGAAGAAAAUGAUUAGUGUCAUCAACGGGAUCAAUAACGUCGACUAUAGAUUGGAAAAAUACGGAUGGAACAUUUCAAGAGAUGAUGUAAUCAUUAAUAUGAUAUUCAUUAUAAAUCUGUUGCUAUCUGUUGUUCUUGUCUCGUUGGAAUUGUAUCUAUUUUCAUUUUCGGAAGCACUAAUGCGAUGCUUUCCUACGACUCUUUUUUGUUGGUUCCUGGUGCAAUAUACGAUCAUAUUGGAUGUAAUUAACAAAAGAUUCAAAUACAUCAAUUUGAGUAUCGCAAAAUUGGGCAGUUUAAAAGAAAAUUCAGAAUUAUCCCAGCGAUUAUUUAUCACCAAAUUGUCAUUUUUGUACGAAUCGGUAAUUUUUGAUGUGAUGAAUCUCAAGCAUGCGUACAACAACUUGUAUGAAAUAUGCAAAGUCGUUGCCGAUUUUUAUGGGUUAAUAAUUUUGGGAGUUAUCUUGCACAAUGGAACAGUAACAAUAUUUAUUUUGUACUUCACGUUGCUUCGUUUUUUCAAUUCAAAGGACUUUAUUUUUAUAAAAUUUAUGUCUCAUGGAAUAUGUGUGUUGUGGAUGAUGUUCCAAAUUGUUGUGUUUACAACUUAUGUUGAUAAAACAAUUGAACAGAGUAAAAAGACAGCGAACAUUAUUAAUGCACUUAUUCGUCAAAAUAGAAUGGAUGAUAAAGUCGAAAAAGAACUGCUUAAAUUUCUACGUGACCUUUCAUUUCGGAAAAUAAAAUUCACAGCUUAUGAAAUAAUUUCACUUGACCGUUCAAUUUUAGCGACUCUUGCCGGUACCGUCGCAACUUAUUUAAUAAUUCUUAUUCAAUUCCGUGUAAGCGCACCA